CCAACCCACGUCUUUGUUGGAUUAAUCUACACCAAUCAAUUCCUACGAGUAACUCUCAAAUCAAGCAAUUCAUUCUUCAAAUCGUGUGCACCACCUUCUUGAUUUACUCUUCUAUUUGCCAUCCAUAUUUAUAACUCCAUCACCCUUUCGCCAGCGAUCAAAUUCUCAAGCUAUGGCCACUUUAACCAUUCUCCUAAUGCUCUCAGCAUGCUCUCUGCUCACUUUAGCUUCACCACUGAAUAACAGAGAUUCAACAAAGGAGUUCGAUGCCCUCUCUCCCAUUCCAAGCUAUAUCACCGAGAGCAGCCCUAAGAAUGUUGUGAUGAACACAAUAGAUUCAUGUUGGCGAGGAAAAACGAAUUGGGCUUCUAAUCGCCAAUCCUUGGCGGAUUGUGCAAUUGGCUUUGGCAAAGAUGCCAUAGGAGGAAAGUUUGGUGAUGUAUAUGAAGUCACCGAUCCUUCUGAUGACCCUGUAGACCCAAAACCUGGCACACUUCGUUAUGGUGCAAUCCAAACAGAACCCCUUUGGAUAACUUUCGCCAAGGACAUGGUUAUCUCGCUGAAGAAUGAGCUGAUGGUGAAUAGCUACAAAAGCAUUGACGGGAGAGGAGCCAAAGUGGAGAUUGCAAACGGGGCUUGCAUUACUAUACAAGGUGUUAGCCAUGUAAUCAUACAUGGAAUCAGCAUUCAUGAUUGUAAGCCUGGUGAUGGUGGCAUGGUUAGGAGCACUCCUGAGCAUGUUGGGUAUCGUGAAGGCUCCGAUGGAGAUGCCAUCAGCAUAUUUGCCUCCUCCAAUGUGUGGAUUGACCAUUGCUUUUUGGCUCGUUGCACCGAUGGUCUCAUUGAUGUUAUUCAUGCCUCAACUGCAGUCACCAUCUCUAACAAUUACUUCACCCACCACGACAAAGUGAUGCUGCUAGGGCACAGCGAUGAAUACAGCGCGGAUAAAGUAAUGAAAGUAACAGUAGCUUUUAACCACUUUGGCAGUGACUUAAUAGAAAGAAUGCCAAGGGUGAGGUUUGGUUAUGCCCAUGUGGUGAACAACCGGUAUGACGAGUGGCAGAUGUAUGCCAUUGGUGGCAGUGCCGACCCUACCAUUUUCAGUGAAGGCAACUAUUUUACGGCUUCAGAUGAUUCUGCUGCAAAACAGGUUACGAAGAGGGAAAGUAGUGAAAAGUGGAAUAAUUGGAAAUGGAGGAGUUAUGGAGAUGAAUUCUUAAAUGGUGCUUAUUUUGUGCCAUCUGGGUAUGGAAGUUGCAGCCCAUUGUAUUCAUCUGCUCAAACUUUCACAGCCACCCAGGCAUCCAUGGUGCCCUUCUUAACUCUCAAUGCAGGGCCACUCAACUGUGUUCUUCACAAAGCUUGUUAAUUACCUCUUUUCUUUAUUUAUUUUCAUGAUUUUGUUUCUUGAAUUCAGUCAUUUUUAUACAAUAGCAGCAGAGUGUGAAAAUGUUGGUGCAACCCUAGCAUGGUGCAUCUGGAUCAUUUUCUAUUAU